AUGGAAGAGUUUUCGACAACCAGCAACAGAAGAGAAAAACUAUCGAAGCCUCUUCUCCCUGAAGACAUUCCAAAAAGAAUUGUUGAACCCCAGCUAAAUAUUCAUGAAAGAAGUGUUGAGGAAUUCCAAGACAUUUUGGAUAUGGAGCCGAAGGAGGGGCUUUUUUUUUACAUAAGGAUCCCAGGGUUGAUCUUUGUAGGAUCGGUUGCAGGGUACAUAAUAGGGAAGAUGGGAUUUAGCUUUGUUAACUUAUUCUUUGUUGGAUAUGUGGUUUUUUUUGUCUAUAAUCGAAAGGUUGAAAGAUUUACCAGAAGUCUCAAAUCACUAGUGUACCACAGCGCAAGGAAGGAAAAGGCUAGGAACAAUGGAGAAACUGUUGAAUGGUUGAACUAUGUUGUUAAAAAGUUUUGGGAAGUUGCAGAGCCUGUGAUUUCUGCAGAGAUAUAUCAGCAGGUCAACAACGAGCUUCUGAAGGUCACGCCUCCAUUUCUGAACGGGUUAAGAUUGACGGAGUUUACCCUUGGGAGCCGAUCACCGUUUAUAGAAGGAAUAUCGUACAUAAGCAUGGAUGGUAACACCCUUGCAAUAGAGAUAGAGGUUGCCUUUGUACCACUAGAGAUAAGUAGGGAUGUGGUUAACUAUCUUGAAAAUGACAGCAAGAACUGGAACUCCAAGAUUCAGUUGUCUGCCAGAGUUGGAACAAGAAAUGGAAUAGGGAUUAAUCUCCCGAUUCUUGUUAAGGAGCUGUUUUUCAAAGGGCGUGUGCGGAUUGUUGCAAACCUAUUUUCUAAGAAUGUAUUUGUCAAAGAUGUGGAGGUAUGCCUAAUGGACAGCCCUGAAUUUGACUUUACGCUUGUUCCAUUGAAGAUGGUGGACAUAAUGGACGUCCCUGGGCUUAGUAGGUGGAUAAGAAGUAUAAUCAACUCUUCGUUGGCAACGACCGUUGUCAAUCCAAACUCCAUCAAGGUUGAUGUUGAUAAGAUUUCGAAGGAUAAAGGAAAGGUAAUUGGAGUUGUGUGUCUUCAGAUACUCAACCUGGAAAACGAAGAUGAUGAGAGGCUAGCUGUUGAAAUAGAUGUGGACGGAAGGGUUGGAUAUCAAACAAGGUAUGGAGAAGGAAAAGGGAUUGUAUACAAUGAGCAUUUCUAUAUGCCUAUUGAAAAUGUUGACUCAAGAAUAGGGCUAUCGCUAAGAAGUGAAUCGAGAAAAACAAGGAGAAGGAAUGGAUCGAUAUUCCUAAAGAACCUCCCUCUGGACAAGAUCGAGGAGUCUGUAAGAAAUGAGAUGUAUAAUCCUAGAAGAACCUUUUUCAACAAGACAAGACUAGUUAAGGAUGAGCAGACUUACUCCUUUAUGAACACAAACCUGCAAUUCUAUCCUAUACAAAAAGAAAGAAGCAACAGUGGGAUAAUCAAGAUGAUGCUGGUAGGGAUUGAAGAUCUUCGAGGGAAUAAGGCAUCGAAGGCAUAUACAUACUCCACAUUCUGUACAGUAAUUGUAUCUCCCAUUAAUCGAGAGGAGUCUAGUAUUCCGAUGGGGUUUAUUGAGAACACAGUGAGUGUGACGGCAAUGAUGGUGAGCGGGAUAAUCAAGACAACAGGAAAUGUUAUCACAAACAUUAUUCCGGGGCUUGAGACAACAACCACCAGGCUUCUACCCUCUUCAAAGAAUACCUUCUAUGUGUUUGAGUCGAAAAGAAUAUUUGGAACCAACUCUCCCAUCUAUAAUGAGAAUUUCACAUUCUUUUGCAGAGAUAUCCAAGUCGACGUUGUGUCUAUAUGUGUGAUGAAUGACAAAACCAACGAGGUGAUAGGAAGAGUGUCGAUUCCUGUUCGAGACAUUCACUUCAAUAAAAAGGAAAAGUACAAGCUCAAUGAUGCCCACAGCGGGCGGAUGGAGCUUUCAUUUACGAUUGACUAUGUAGAUAUGGUUGAUAAGGCAACCAGGUUUGUAAACUAUGAAAGGAUGCUAAAGAUCUCGGUGGAUUCCAUGAACGAAAAGGGGGUUUACUAUGCAAUAUUUGAGACCAACACAGACUGCUUCAGAAUGGAGACAUUUACGUCUGCAUUGCCGAUAAAGAGGAUAGCUUAUGUUCCUAUUCAAUCCCAGGACACCUUGAGGUUUAGGCUCUAUAAAGAGACAAUAAAUGGAGAUGUGUUUAUUGGUGAAGACAGGAUAAGCUGUAGGCCCUGUGAAGGGGUUAGAAAGGAGGCCUUUCUACUUGACGAGCAGAUAAGUUUGACCCUCAGCAUUGAGGAGGAAGCUCUUCGGGACUAUUCUGGAGCACCUGAGGAGAAGAACAAUGUUAAGGUUGUCCAGGCUAAGUUUGGAAAGUUCUAUGGGUAUAGCCAAGAAAUGUUCAUUGAGUUUAGUAACAAGUACGGAAUAAUUGGGGCUUCUGGGUUUACCAGAGGUGGGUGGCUCAAUGAUACGUUUACAUUUAUUUCUGGGAGUGAAGAGAUAUAUGCUGUUGUUAAGAGUGGGGACCAAACGGUCAACUUGACAUUAGGACAGUGUAUAAUUCCAAAGAGGGCCUUGAAAGAGAGGGUUAUGCUUAACGAGCAAGGACUGUCUGUCGAUAUGGAAGUGAAGAUUCAAGGAUGCUCUUACAAGCCGCCUUCGAUGCUGAAGGCCGGGUAUCUUGAAGUCUACAUCAAGAACGCAAGCAGCAUCCGAUCUGCAAUACAAAGUCCUAUUGACACCUACUGCAAGAUACUUGUCAACGAGACUAAAGUAUAUACUACUAAACCUGUACGUAAAAACAACGAUCCUGUUUUCAAUGAGUCGUUCAUCAUGGAAAUAGACAAGACAAAGGAUGUUUUUGGAAUCCAGAUAUGUGACUAUAAUGUUUCUGAGAGGAAUUCUCUUCUAUGUUAUACAGAGUUUUCGCUGCAUAACCUGUCGGAAGGAUUCAGUGAGAUGGAAUUUGAGUUGUAUGAUGGAAAGACCUUCCAGCAAAUUGACUCCAAGAUCCGAAUUGGAUUCAACUUCUGCUCAGACCAUAAAAGCUUGAAAAUCAGAAAAAAAGGGAUUCUGAGUGACUUCUUUGGAUUCUGA